CUCCCUUUUAACUCUUUUCUCCCGCAAAGAAAGGUAAACAACAGCAUUUCCUUAAACCAAAACCAAAAACUCCCUUCCAUCAAUAUAAUAUUCCUUCAUAUUCAAAAGAAAUUACAAGUUUUUUUUUUGGUUUCCUCGACAUCGUUAAAUAAGCCACAAAUUAAAAAUGGCGGCCAAGGGACGACGUCGAGCAAGGGUCGCCCCGGCCGACGAUCCGAAGCUCCUGUCGGAGAUCCGGAAGCUGGAGUCGACCCUGUCGGCCUCCAUCCACGACAAGAUCCCGAUCUUCAUCCCCCACAGGUUCGUCCCCUCGAAAUUCGUCGAGGGGAUCGCCCUCCCGAUCAACCAGAAGAUCACCUCCAACCUCGAGAAGGGCGCCUCGAGGAUGAGGCCGGUCCUGACGAUCGGGAACCUCAGGCGGAGCAGCGUCGUCCUGGGUCUCUGCAACCUGGCGCUGGCUCUCGCCGGCGGGUUGAUGGCCGGGUUGGUUUUCGAGGGUUGUCGCGGCGAGGUCUUGGUUCCGGUGCUGUUGGUGUCGCUGGCGGCGGUCGCCAAGAUGGUCGGGAUGGUGUGGGUUGGGCUGGCUCAGGAUGCGACGGCGAGGAGUAUUGUGGAUUCUCCGCCGGAGGAUGCUGAUCGUCAGGCCUCCGUUGUUCGUCUUCGGAGACGGGUCAGCUACACGACGUGGCUGUGGUGGAGCCGUUUGGCCAUUGCAAUUACCUUAUUGCAACUCGCGAGUGCCCUUUUCCUUCUCUUCAACGUGAUGGAAUACAUUACCCAUCACCAAACAACUAGUCAAUGUGGUUUAGGGAUAGGGAGCACCACGUGGCAACAGAAGCUACUGAUUUCGUUCAUAGUCAUGGCGUCGUGUGUCCCCAUGGUCCAAUGCUUUGCGGGCCCGGACGUCCUGAGGUGGAGGGCCUUUUACGAGGCCCAAGAUGAGGUGUGGGAGGCCCACUACAAGGAGGUGUUCGAUUACGGUAUACGAGAGGCCUUGUGCUGUCUGGGCCGUUUCAAAUACUUGACAAUGUAUGAAGAAGAUGAAGUUCACUCGGUUGCUAAACUGCUCGGGAAACUCGUCGCUUAUCGCGCGUCGGGCACCGGCCAUUUGGAGCUCUUGGCAGGUCUAGCUUUAUUACAGAAGAACUAUGAACCUCCCAAGUUUGAAGACCAAACAGAAGCCCCAAAACAAUAUAUCGAGGAUGCUUUUGCUCUUCAUGAAUUCACUGAAGCUGCCUAUACGGGGCCAUUACUUGAUUUUGGGAGACAUGCUAUCUUCUUUCCUUGCACUUGGCUCUACCGGCAAGGCAUUUUCACUCCAUGGACACGUAAUAGUCGGCCAGUGCUGGAUGGGGAUAAUUGGUGGCGUGGCCAUGCAGCUGCCUUCCUCAACUAUGUCAAGUUACCUCCCGAAGCAUUACGACGUGGUCGAGUCUGCCAGGAAAAAUGUGAAGCGGCAUAUUUCAUCCUCGUUCUACAUAACCAGAGAACCGUCGUGGUUGCUGUACGAGGAACCGAGACUCCCGAGGACCUUAUAACGGAUGGAUUGGGAAAGGCAUGUCCCUUGUCUAGGGCAGACUUGGAUGGCUUACUAAAUAAUAGUUGCAUUCCACUCGAAACAAGGCAGAAUGUGGAGUUGUCGUUCCCACACUAUGCCCAUUUGGGUAUAGUUGAAGCUGCACGAGACCUAUAUAUGCAAAUUGAAGGGAAACCUUCGGAAAACAAAUCCCAGUAUUCAACCGGCUUCUUGUCUUCAUUGCUGGGGACUGGAUGUGAAUGUGAAGGCUACACUCUGCGGAUAGUUGGUCAUUCACUUGGAGGUGCCAUUGCUUCCAUGCUAGGCUUAAGACUGAAACAUAAAUUUCCAAACCUACAUGUCUAUGCAUACGGCCCUCUUCCUUGUGUGGAUUCAGUAAUCGCCGAGGCAUGCUCAGACUUCAUUACAAGCAUCGUACACGAGAACGAAUUUUCGACACGACUGUCAGUCGGAUCGAUCAUGCGGCUACGCACAGACGCAAUCAUGGCACUCAGCUCCCAAGGUUCGGAGGCCGCCGACACAACGUUGAUCUACAAACUCGCUCGUCGCUUCCUCUCCAUGAACAAGUGUCAAAAACGGCUGAUGGAUCGUACGGACGACGAUCCUUCGAACCCACUACAACAUUCCAAACGAAACGUCGUCGUCGUCGUCGCAACAACCGGCGAAGAUGAUCGAGAAGAAUCGAAUCAUCAGUCCAACGCUGCAGGCAGCGACCGUGGCAGUAGUUUCGACGACGACGACGACGUGGACAGUAUCUUUGGCGACGAACCAAUAUCAAAGACAACGGACGCAUUCGACGACACCAUAUCUCAGCUUUUAGCGACGACUCCGAAGCUGGAGGAAACCGCAAGUUCUUCUUCGUCAACGGGGACGAGCUCCAGCCAAGACGUUUUCUUGGCCGGCCGCAUCAUCCACCUGGUGUCGCAGCAGUUUCGAAACGACGGGAGGAUUUGGAACAUCUUGCAAAGGACGACUGAAUACAGAGCGUAUUUGGGCAAUAGAGACCAGUUUAGGGAUAUCGUCGUUUCGCCCUACAUGUUCAUCGACCAUCUGCCUUGGAGGUGCCACCAUGCCCUAAAAACGAUAUUGGAAGCGAAAAGAGGCGAUGAUACGGUGCAAGGUGUAUCGGAUCAUGUGAUUUGAUUAGGGUUAGGUCGUUACGGCUGGAAGCAUUCGAAAAAGCGAGAUUUGUUACAAGUAGUAUGUACGUAAUUGAGCAAAAUGUGUACAUUCUUUUAACAGUACUUUCGAUGUACUAACAUAUUCUUUCAAUUGCAUCAAAAUGGAUACAAUUUUGAACGCACGAAUGGUCAUAAAGCAAACUGGUCUCAAUAAUUCGCGAGUGGUUGGAAGAAGGUUUAAUAUGGACCUUAUACCACUCUAGCUCUAGCACGCUAGCGACAGCUCAAACGAAACCCAACUCACGAGAUUGAAGGUUUAAUAUGGACAUUCUCCUACUGCAGACUGAAUGCUGUCGAAUCCAUACAUGGAAGGAUGAGAAGCAAUACAAGGGCUAGCUUAGCAAUAGUUCCGGCGAUCGCCAUGGCUAUAUGCUCUGCUUCUUUCUUUCUUUCUUCCUUACUUUCUCUUGAAGAUAUCUUUUUGGAAGUUGGUUAGCUAGGUUAGGUGCAUCUCGAUCGAGCAACUGCUGCUUGCAUGAAUAUAUAUAUUAAUUGUAACCAAGAGUAUGAACCUCCUUUUUAACAUUGUUAUCAUGUACAAGAAUAUAUAGACAGAGGCAAAGCAAUACUAUAUGUCUCUUAUCGUAAGGAAGUAUAGUAUAAGAUUCCUGUACGAUCGUACACAGGAUAACUCAAAUUAUUUGAAUUACUAAUUGGUUGAUAUGAGACAAUUUAGAAUUUGAUCAAUUAUGUGAUUUCGUAUUUGAAUUCUCACAACAUUUCAUAUUAAUAGAAUGCAUACCUACAUAGACUUCUUUCAACUACUCAGAAUUAUUAGAAUCUACUAAUUUUCUUCCAACUAUGUAUUUCUUGCUGCAUGCCUAUCAACCGAAAAUAACCCACUUGGGGAUCCCAUCCGGAAAAGUACAAACAAACAAAAGCAAAAUGCAUAAGCCGACUUUAGAAUAAUAUAUAUAUAUAGGCAUAAUCCAAUGAACAUCCCUUCUCAACCGAUCGAACCAUGCCGGCAAAAGUGGUCAAAAACAAGAGAAGCAAUGGGGAGAAUGUAGUACAAUCGACAAAAACGUCUAAUACGAUUUCACAAUCUUUACGAUUUCGCUUAUUUUUUCGAUAAAAUUUGAGCCAAUCUCGGUAUUUAAUAAUCACAAACGACAAAAUUUGAGCCCGCAACAAUAGAUCUUAAAAAUGGAA